CGGAGAAACACCGAGCCUGAGGAACCAUCAUGCAACACCAGGAGCAUCUCGUCAUGUUCAAGGACUUCUGUGAGGACGAACACUAUCAGCUGGAGGACAAGACUCAUAGCUCGACAGAGAUGAUGAUGAUGAUGAUGAAGGAGCACAAGGAUGCAGAGCUGGAUAAAAAGAUCGAGGCUUUGCGGAAGAAAAAUGAAGCACUAAUGAAACGGUACCAGGAAGUGGAGGAGGAUAAAAAGCGGGCGGAACAGGAAGUGAUGUCACUCCACGGCAAGAAGGGAAAGCUUGAUGAUCUGUCCAUCACCAUCAACAAAUCCUCCAAUGUGAGCUGCUUUACUCCUUCACAGGAUCAGCGUGUGGUGACCAAGAGGCCAGGCGGGCUGAGAGAAGGAGAGCCGGAGAAGGACUGUGAUCCCGGAUCCAGUGUCUUCAGCAUCGGGAGAGGAAAGAGACGGCAGCUGCUCGUCACAACGCCAGGAAACAUCAAGGGUAAGAGGGUGUUCGGGGAAAGAAAGGACCGGAACCGGCCCGUGAGUCCAGUGAGGUUGAAGUGUUGUGUUGAAGAAGUGCUGGAGUCCAACGCACGAGAGAAACGUCCUCCGUCCGCAAGGAGAGUCCCGGAGGAGGACACAGGACGAGGAGAUCAAUGGAGUCGAUGUGUAGGAUCUCAAGGUGUCCCGAUCUCUGAAGCCAUCGCUGACCUGAGCAUCGCAUCUAAGGAAGAACAUCUUGAGUACCUGCGAUGGAAGAAGGAGCGCGAGGAGAUCGACCGAGAGCGUGUGGCCCGGCACAAAAACGCCAAAGGCCAGUGGAGGAGAGCCUGGGACAUGGAUAAAGCCGAUCUGAUGUUCUCUGAAAAGGAACAUGGAGGAACGUCAAACAGAGGUCAAAACGGCAGAAGAGGAAAUCUGAGAUCGGAAGAAUCCAGAGUUCGACACCAAGCGUCCGACAAGAAGGGGAAAAGUGUCCCAGUGGUGGGGAGCAAAGCGAAGGGGAAAGACCGUCUGACGGGUCGAGCGAGGAGGUGGGAUGCUAAAGAGCAGGAGGAACAUUUGCAGGUUUAUCCAGACAGCAGUCUGCAGGAGUUUUUAGAGGAGCUCGAUGCUCUUUGUGCUCCUGAGAGCGUCAAUCCAGAGACUGACAUUGAAAACGCAAAGCCAUGUGCAUCUGAAGAGUCCCUGAACACAAUCAGUGCCGUGACCUCCAAUGGGACGGCGGACCAGAAUGGACGCGUUGAUACAGAAAUUGCUCAUUCGGAGCCGCUUUCUCAGAGGGCCAUUGAGAAAAAGGUCCGCUUUUCUGAGAACCAUGACAAGAACCAGUCAGAAACCGAGACCAGUGCUCUACAAGCGGCCUCACUGAUCACGAACGGCCCUGUAGAAGACGACGAACAAACAUCGGCGCAAGACGACAGCGAAUGUAUCCAGAAAGAGAGAAAACCUCCAUCUCCGGAGCAGGAAAAAGUGAAUCCAGCCACUGAAGGAAGUGCAACUGAACCAUCGCAACCGGCCGAGAACAAACCUGUUGAACACAGCAAGAGCUGCUCUUCUAGAGGAAACGAAGAACUGAUGGACUCGAGUCUGUGUGUCCUGAAUCUGGAUCCGGGCGACGCUCUUCCCGACCACAGCACCAGCGCUGAUAUGGCAAGAGAGAAUGGGAAAGUUGUUUAGAUGGAAAUGAUGUCACUCACAUCUGGAGCGAAACUUCAUGCACUAAAACCAAAACAGAAGAACAAACAUAUAAUUAGCCUUUUUUAUUUGACUGA